AUGGCGAAUCCAGGCCCAGAAGCCGCACAGGCUGAACUUGUGGUACCAGCGGCAAAGAGCCAGCAUGCGAAUCACUUUGGGCUCACCUCGCCAUGGGAACACUACUACCGCCCUACCGACACUGUUCCCCAAGGUCGAUUUGAGUGUGAACUGGACGAGAUGGUGGUCUUUGGUGAUCUCCCCACGGAGAUUAGUGGGACAUGGUAUCGGAUGCUCGUCGAUCCUCAUUUUUGCCCUCAACUUGGAACUCCUUUUGUCGAUGGGGAUGGGCAUGUUUGUGCCUUCCGGAUUCAGGACGGCAAGAUCUCCAUGAAAAUUAAAUAUAUCCACACUGAAAGAUGGCUUCUCGAGCGCAAGGCUGGUCGUCGGCUUUUCGGUCGUUACCGAAACCCCUACGACAUUCAUCCGUGCGUGCGAUAUGCAAAUGACAGCACCGGAAAUACCAAUAUCAUCUACUGGGGUGGAAAUCUCCUCGCAUUAGCCGAAAGAGGAUUACCGUGGGCCUUGGAUCCGGACACCCUGGAAACAAGAGGUGCGGAUCCCUACGGUGGCCAAGUUGCUGCGAUGACCUUCACUGCCCACCCCAAAGUCGAUCCUCACAAGAAUGAACUGGUCACUUGGAGCUAUUCUGCCAAGGGUCUCAGCACUCCGGAUAUCUGUACCUACUCGAUUGAUCCCAAUGGACGUACCUCUAAUGAGCACUGGUUCAAGCAAGAUAAGCCCGGCUGGCCACACGACGGCUGGAUCACCGAGAAUUGGAUCAUCCUUUCCAACAUGCCAUUCGGCGUCAACACGGAUGAUGUGAUGAAAUCUGGAGGCGACUACUGGAGAUUCGUCCCUGAUCAACCCUCGGAAUUCUUGGUCACUCCACGCUAUGCAAACACUCCGAACCAUCCAGACUGGAAGCCAGGCGAGUUCCGGAAGUAUACCGCUCCUCACGGCCUGAUUAUUCACAGUGGCAAUGCCUGGGAGGAAGAGGGUGGGAUCUUGAAGCUUGAAAGUCACUUUGUCACCUUCAACGUCUUUGACUUCUUCAACCCCCAAGACUACGAGGGGCCCAAUGGCAAGCCCAGCGGUGAUUGGAAACGUUGGACCAUCGAUCUUGCCAAGCCUGAUGGGACCGCUCUGCCGCCUCCUGAGACACUACUUGAGGGCAUCUUUGAUUUCCCCAUCUUCGAUGAGCGCAAAACCGGUCACAAGACUAAGAUCGUCUAUCUGACCGCUAUGAUAACCCCCGAAGGGGAGGACAGACCCCGUUUCAACGCAAUCAUCAAGUUGAAUACGGAGACUGGCGAGGAGUCUAUCUUCCAUGCCGCCAGCGAUGGAAGUGUCGCAGAGCCUGCAUAUAUCCCUCGAGGGCCUGACUGUGAAGAAGGCGAUGGUUGGGUCAUAUUCUAUAUGGAAAGAGAUUCGUCACCUAAGGGGGAAUUGGCCAUCCUCGAUACUAAUGACUUUUCGAAACCAGUAGCCAUUGCGCAGAUGCCUUUCCAAACACGCAACCAGGUUCACGGAAAUUGGGUUCCAAAUCCCCAUCCUGAGGCACCUCUUCCCAUGUUGACGGGUCCUAUCAAAGAUGUUGUGCCCAGUACAAAGUAUUCACAGUUGAACAGACUUCUUUAA